CGUAGAGCGAGAACAAACUUGUGAAUUACUUGAAUCUAUUAUAUUGCUAUAAAAUCCUUAUAAGCGUAAACGAAACCAGCAAAAAUUGUGAAUGCAAAGUACCUUUUUAGUGAAUCAGUGAAAAAUAGUCUGAACAAAACUAUUAACUCAAUUAAUGCGUGUAAAUAAAGACUAAAAACGGUGAAUAUUUCUUAUUUAUCUAAAAUAAUACCAGAAAAAGAGUUGUGAUUUGUGAAUUGUGACUAUACUAUUUAUUUUUUGGGAAAGAAGACUACAGUUUUUUCACUUCAAAUAUAUACCUAUAAACUAACAUUGUAAAAACAAGAAAACACUUGUGAAUAAAAAUGAAGUUAAUAUUCCUUAUUACGGUUUUCGUAUUAGCGGUGGAGAGUCAAAAUACUUGGAUGCCAAUUAUAAGUCCUUUGCUAAGUACAUAUCCUUGUAAGGACGACAGCGAUAUUAUGGUUUGGUUCGAACCAGGUCUCCAGCCGAAGGACAACAAUCGAUAUUACAUUUACGCGAACAAACCAUUUCCUAAAGACUGCAAAAUAAAAAUGAUAUUUGAUUCCCAAGUGAACGCUACUUUUGUUGUUCGAACGGAGAGUAAUGAUUAUUCGAGGUUAUAUUUAUCGGAAGGAGACACGAUAUCGCUCCACUUCUUCGUGCCGCAUCAGGGUCUGGGGUUCAUCGUUAAGGGGAAUGAACCCGGGGUCACUCCUUACCUACGAAGCUUCACUGUCGACGAUGAGGAGUACUGCAGAACACCAGUAGUGGGAUUCCUACAACCAUACGCAUCAUCAAUCAUAGAUGAGGAAUCAAAGCCCUGGAUGUCCUGCGGAAGACGUGUGGUGGACCACUCAGAGCUGAUAGUCAACGGCGAUGAGACCAAGCCUGGGGACUGGCCGUGGCAUGCGGCGCUGUACAAGUUAGACAAAGACACGCUGGACAACAAGUAUAUUUGCGGCGGCACCCUCAUAUCUAAAAACCUUGUGCUGACAGCUGCUCACUGUGCUACGUACAGAGGUUCGAAACUGGAGAAGCAAUCACUUGGCGUUGUACUUGGGAAACACAAGCUUAAGGGAGACGACAGGGAAUCUGUUGAAAAGGAGGUGCUCGAAAAAAUUAUACACAAAGAAUACUCCUAUCAACCCCUGCGACACGACAUAGCUCUCCUCAAACUCAGCACUGAAGUGGUUUUCAAUGAUUUCAUCCGGCCAGCCUGCUUAUUCCGGGGCGACGACAGGCAAAAGUUGCAAUCUGACGAAAUAUAUGGAACUAUAAUCGGCUGGGGGUUCGAGCGAAAUUACAGUUUGUCUCGAACACUUAAACAAGCGAGUAUGCCGAUAGUCUCCGAGGCAACAUGCUUGAAAAAAAAUCCGUUCUUUUACAGCCACUCCUUGAAUGAACAUUACACAUUUUGCGCUGGUAGCGACAAUGGAACAUCUGCGUGCAACGGUGAUAGUGGUGGAGCAUUUCAGGUUGUCUUCGUACCAGACGAGAUUCAGAUAGGCGACCAGACCACUUCAGGCUGCUGGCAUGUCAAGGGCAUCAUAUCAAACACUGUGUCCCGUUUCGACGCGCCUAUAUGCGACCCAACGUAUUACGUUGUGUUCACCAACGUGGAAAGUUACAUAGACUGGAUUGAACAGUAUUUGAUAUAAGACACCUUAUCUAUACUCAUACGUGAACCAAAACAUUUGUACCUACACCUUUUUAUGAGUAUGAAUUUACUCACACUUAUAGUUUAUGUGGAGAAGGAGUGCAGAAUGCAGAUAUUUUGCGCGUAAGGGAAAAAUUAUGAGAGUAAAUUUUUAUGAUGCGUGCGCACACAGUCACAAAAAAUCGACGCUUUGAAGUUAGCUCGUCAACAUUGUAGUUUGUCAAAAAAAGGUUUGACAGUGUACACUAUCAAUUGUUAAAUUCUGCCGGCUCAAUCCGGUCAUUCAAAACAUUCAAUGUAUUACUUCUAUUGUAAUGUCGUUUUUCUACAAACGUAGAAUGAGGCGAAAGAUAAAAUGUUUGAAAAGAUUUUUAUCUUGUUACGCCAAGAAGUAUAACUUGAAAUGUAUAUAAGUACACACCUUUGUUGACAGGACU